CUCUCGCCAGCGCCUUCAUUUCCUUCUCUUUCUCUCGCACUUUUGCCAGCGAUCGCUGUCGACGUCCAGCAACCACAGACAUCUGCAGCGUGUCCGUAUAUUGAUUCCAUCGCCCCUCGUCUGCGGCCCUUACUGGCGCUGUUUGUCGCAACGAAUGGAUCUCGAGGCACUCAGGGCUGCAGCCCUCAAAUCAAAGAAAAAGCCCGUCCCGGCUGCUCGGCCAGCGGCGGGCUCGCGGACGAGGACCGCAGAAUCCUCAGCCGUCUCAAAGCCAACCAGCACCGACGCCGCUCCAAAAGCGAACGGCACGCCCCAUGCUGGAUCCAAGACAAGCGAAUCUUCGGCGCUGUCCCGCUCAUCUUCAUCGUCCGCAUCAAAGGAGAAUGUGGGCACGGCCCUCCCGAGCGGUAGCACCAAUCUGUCCGAUCUCCAGCCAACGCCGGCUGCAAAGGCCGACGAGAAGGAGGAGGGCGAGCUUUCCGAGGCUGAGUCGUCGGAAGUGCGGCGUCUGUCAGCGCCGACGCCAAAAGCACCUCGCCAGCGUGCGCAUCCUGGUCGUCCACCGGCGUCACGGCCACGGCCGGCUCGGACCAAGGAAUCAAAUCCGCAGCCUCCGGCUGGCGAGUCGAAUUCGGCUGUCCAUUCCCGCCCAUCGCCAUCAGUACCACUCCCGUCGCUACCAGCGCUGUCACUGCCACCACCGCCAGCGCAACCCCCUCCGAUGCCACCACCGCCGCCUCCACCGCAGCUCCAGGCCGUCCCCACAGUGUCUGGCUUCUUCGCCGGACCCAGUCCCGACCAGCCCCUUGCGACAAUCGAUCCGUUCGGUCAGCCAACAUACUUCAGUUAUAGCACCGGCCCCGUCAUCCAGAGCGACAUUAACCGUCUGCGGAUGCUCCCCAACGGCGACUCGGUGAUCUACGUCGGAUCUCUACCAAAAGGCAGUCAAUUUGCAACCGUCAUGGAAAAUUUGGAUCUCGCCUACCGGCUGGGACAGGGGCUACAGGCUGCUGCGUACAGCAAGAUAUCCGUCGAGGCCCUCUCGUUCCUGGGUCUUGUGCCAGAAAUCAUUCUGGCCUUUCUACAGCAGUACGGCCAGCCUCCCGUUGCAUUUGCGCCAUCGCUUCUGCCAUCAGGCAUCGAGCCGGUGAUGCAUCCUGGCUCGGUCUUCCCCCACCCAUACGCCGUACCGGUGCAACACACGUCUGAGCUACAUCCGCCACAAGUCCAGCCGGUCUAUCCCCCUCUGCCGCACCCACACCAGGAAUCUAAGGAUCCAUCCGGCAGCAGCUCAUCGGCUGGAGUUGUGACAUCGUCCUUUGUUAGCAACGAUACUCAGGAAGGGAAGCCCUCUCCACAGCCACACCCAUCAGCGCUUGCCUCGCUUCCCUAUCGCCCAAACACUUUUGGCACGAGUAAUCAAAGCCCCGAUGGCGGACAGAGCGCCCCAUCUGUGUCGAUUCAACAAGAUGUACUGCAGAGUCUAGGACUCAACCUUGCUCGCGCCCCCGCCGCAUCGCAGCUGACCUCUUCGACGACUAAGAGCGCAAAUGCAUCUGAUUCGGAGGCCGAUAUGGAUAUCGACAGCGACUCGGACGGCGUCGCUCCGAAACUCGCGGCAUCGAACGCAACCCACGGACACGCGCCUGUGAUUCAGUCGAGAGAUGGUAGAGAGGUUGCUUUACCCACAUCUCAAACCGCGCCUGCGCUUCCCGCCCCAUCGAUCUCGAUGCAGCCGCAGCCAAACGAUACGGCCGGCCAGAAUUCAAGCAUCGUGCCCAUUCCAAAGGAUCCACUGGUGUCGGUCCCAGACACUGGCCAUCGCGGCGCCUUCAAGCCCUUUUCCAAGUUCCGUCGACCCUUGGCUGCGGACAUGAACCGACCUGUAUCAUUCCACGGACAAUUUGGCGGCAAUCCCAAGUGGGUAAACAACGGCUAUGGUCUCCGAAGUCAGCUGUCCGACGGACACGCAGAUCUUUUGCAUGACGGAAACGACAAGGACUGCGUCAUCCAUCUGGACUCGUCGGAUGAGGAGUCAGAUGAGUCCCAGGAGCCCAUGACCACAACGGAUCCCAAGAUCAGUCAACAGAAGCUCGAGGCCGAGCUUGAGAUGCUCCAAAACCUGCUUAAGCAAAAGAUGGAGCAGAAGCGGGCCAAGCUUUUGGGUGCUGCCUCAGCAAAGCAGGCGGAUCCUGCCAUCGAUGCAAGAGCGCAAACCGUCUCAACGCCGGGCACCGCAGCUUCGACACCGCCUCACUUGGAUGUCCCAGAGCAGGUCGUUGUCCACCGGGAGUCAUACGAUAGUCCUGACAACACAGCAUCUCGCGAAACACCCUCCCCGGGAUCUCUAUCUCGAGUGGUGUCCCCCAAUCCCGUACCCAAGAUCGCCAGUAUCGUCGUUCAGCGCCUUCCCUCUGAAGGCAAGGGAUCUGAUGCAGUGCCCUCGGUGCCUUCGUCUGAAGGAGAACAACCAAAGAACCAGCUCGAGCAGACAAUCUCCGAUGCUGAGAAGCACAUUGCGGAGCGAAACCGCGACAUUGCCAAGUCGGAAUCCGAUGUUAGACAGCUCAAAGCAGAACUCAUCCAGACCAACUCCAAACUCGCCGAUGCCGAGGCUCGGAUCGAGCGUACCAAGGCCGAGCUUGAGCGCAUCAAGUUGGAACUAUGGCAAGCCAAGCUAGACAAGGAAAAACUUGAGGUGUCUUCAAAGGAAAUCACCACCAAGAUCGACGACCACAAGAAAGCAAUGGCGGUCAGCGUGGGCGAAAUCACUGUAUACCACCAGAAGAUCAAGGCGUGCAACGCCAAGCUUAUGAGCCUGAAAGUGCGGGAGCUGGAGACGCAUGUUCGCCAGCUCUCUUCUCUCAAACGCCCAGGUGGCGAGGGCUCUUCUCCGCUCACCAGUGGGACGAGUACGCCACGCACUGUCAGCCAGCCAAAACGGCCCAAGGUCGGAGAAACCACCGCAGCCAAACGCACGCAGCCCGUUCAGCUUCAAAGCGGCCAGCCGCAGCCGUCUCAGCCAAAAUCCCCACGGAUACGGCCCUCACACCCGCAGGAGCCACAGCCUCCUCAGACCGGGCCUGGAGCGAACGAAUACAUGAAGCUCCCUGUCUUUGAUGAGUUUUUGAAAACCGGCAGUCGAAAAGCCAUGGCGCGCGUCCAGCUCGGCAACAUGGGCGACUCCGAUGCACGGACUCGCACGUGGACAGACUCCAAGGCCCAAGACUUUGCCUCCAUCCAGUGGCCUGGCGACGAUAGUGCAGAUGCAGCCCGCUUGCCGUUGCUCAGCAUCAAUAUUGUGGAGCGCCAGGCGGCCGACGGCCAAUUCAUGCUGAGCCAGCAUUUCUUGGAUCUCAAGGACAUCCUCAAGCCAUCCGAUCUCCUUGACCACACUUCCUCGCAGUCCUGGGAGCUGAACGGCAGAUGGAAUAGCACCGCCUUUGUUGACCCUCCAGUCCCCGUGCUUCAAAACUCCUCACCCUCGAUAGAACAAAGUCCUGACCCUCCGACCAAGUCUGGGUUUCGCCCAUACGAAUCCGCGCUGUCGCAGUUCCGUUCGUUCAGGAUGAAUCCGCUGUACAAGUCGGUGGUCAAGGGCGGGGUUUCCAGUCUGACCUUCAGCAACAGACUGAAUCCUCUCGAGAGGCUCUGUCGGUUUGAGGCCGUUGGUGGCCAAUGCAACGACGAUGCCUGUACGUCCCAGCACUUCAAGGAUUUGGGAAUGUCAGAUGAUGAUCUUUUGGUUGACUUGUUGUCGUAUGUGGGAGAAUCGAACCAACCUCAAACAACCGAUGCGCUCCGAAAGAAGCUCCUGCAGAGCCGUGUCGAGCGACGACCGCUCGAGGGGUUUGUCGAUGUUCUGACCUCGCACGCGCAGCUCUCUGGGACGCUCGCGGAUGGCAUUACGCCGCUAUCGCAGCACAAGCGAGAACAGCAUAUCGGAUCUGGUGGCCCUGAUGCUGGCAUCAGGAACGAGCCAGAUGCACCUCCUAUCGACUUUUCGCCGCCUUUCACCCCGCACGUGUACGUUAAAGGCCUGGCCAAUCUUCUCAAUGGCGAGGGCAUCAAGCCCAGCCGCUAUUUUGAAGGCUUUGCCCAUGUGGAGGAGUAUGAAGCGCACGUGGCCAAAGAACCGCACAAUAUUGUUCUGUGGAUCAACUAUGCUGCCGCAUGUUUGCCCGCUGAUCUGAGCUACGAGUCGCUUUCAAAGCCUUCGAGGAACCUCAACAAGUCCCUUGGCGUCCUCUCCAAAGCCUUGACCAACAACCGAACAUCGCCACAUCUGUGGCAUUUUUACCUGGAGCUGUAUACCCGACGCGGCAAGGAUGUAGACAUCCGCUCAGUGAUGGAAAAGGCCAUCAAGUUUGCUCCGUCGCAUCUGGAGCUGUUUUGGAGAUUCUACCGCUGGGAGCCUGAUGCCGAAGCCAGGCUUGCUCUCCUCAACCGGAUGCUGAGUCAGUGGCUGGCAAACGAGAACGGCGCGCUUGACCCCCAAGCUCAAUCGCAUGCCAUCAUCAACGCCGCGGUGGCCCGCGCGCGCUGGUAUCUGGAUCAGGACAAACAAGAGGCUGCUGCCGACAGCCUCCAGCAUUUCCUGACACUCCGAAACGGCCCUGCUCUGUUUGACCCGGCGACAUCUCUGCCAAAGCUUGAGGGCAGCGUGCUCGCAGGUACCCUGGCAUACCAGAAACUUGACCAUCUGGACUAUGUCAUCAUAUGGCUGGUAUACAUCCGGCUUCUGUACCAUGGGCGGAUCGACCGAGACUUUCUACACGCGUAUCCCUAUGGCCACAUUGUCAAACGGACCCAGCCUGUCUUUGACUGGAACGCAACCUUGACUCGAAGUCAAAGUCAGAAAAUCAUGCAUGCCUUCAGCCUGAUCCUCAAUCUGCUAAUAUCGCGGAGCGAGGCUGUGCCUUCAUCCAUCCCGCUUCUGGCGCUUGUAAUCCGAAACAUUCGACGCUUCCGCGCCAUACAUCCGAGCGCCUCGCGGUCCGAUCCUUCGAGCCGACUUCCAGAAGCGCUCAAAACGCACCCCGAUAUCUGGAUAGUGCUGUACGAUUCGGGUAGUCUGCAGGGCCAGAGACAACAUCGCGCUACUAGCCGCGUGAAGCCCCAGUUUCUUAGUGAGCCCGCAUCCGUCCCGUCGCUGAUGUGGAACUGCCAGGCCCAAGCUAUGCUCCAACGAGGACUCAAGACCGAGUUGGUGUGCUGUCUCGUGAACUGCAUUCGCAGCCUAUACGCCGGCUGUGCUUUGGUGGCCCCAAGCGACCUGGACGCCCAUGAUCUGCCCGAAGUGGCCGACAAUGCCAUCGAGCUCUAUCGUCAUGCUCUAUCGCUCGAGAUCAGCACUCUUGGAUUCCCUGAGUUCGCCCCUGGCGUCGACCGACUCAGGCUGAAGCACGACGUUGUGCUCUGGAUGAACUUUCUGCUGCUGAUGACGAUUCGGCUGCGUCCCGACGAGCCACGGAGGGAGAUCCCGCUCGCCUACGAGUUUGCUGUCGAGCAUAUCAAGGCCGUCGACUCACGCCUCCUUCUCUGGACCGAAUACAUUGCGUUUGCUUCCAAGUCACCAGAGAAAGGUACCGCCAGCAGCCACAGCGAUUAUCUGACGGACUGGAAAGCCACUGUCGCCAUCCUGGGCCGGGCCAUGGCUGACACCAAGAUUGAGGCCCGUGGGCAGCCUGAUCAAGCUGGCCCACAUACGGAUCACGACUUUCAGGCACUUGUUCCCAUCAAGGAUAUCGCCAAACCGUGCCAUCUGCUGCAAUUCUGUCUGGACUCACUCGGAAGCCUCGACGAGCGCCAGGCUGAUUUGAUCGAGGCUGUUCGGCAAAAAUACCCCGACAUGGUCCGCUGCUCACUAGUCGCAAGGACGCUUUUCCAGAGCAAGCGCUACAAAGCAGGUCGCCUCGCUCUUCACGAGUGUCUGAGACUGAACCCGCACAACCCCGACAUCUGGAAGACUGGAUACAGCGUCGAGCGUCUUGGAGGCAGAUAUGGAAAUCCCAAAACAGCAGAGCAGAUUCUGGCCGCCAGCCGCAAGUUCCUGCCGUCUUGUGCAUCACUGUUCGAUCCACAGGCCCAAGCAAGCAAAGUCGAUUCAACACCAGCGAGCCAGCCGACCGGAUGACUAAACUAGUUUGUAGCUUCCUUUUCAUGUGUUGUGCAGCCGGAGUGCAGCGUUGGUCCAUGAGCACUCAAGGUGCUAGACCGUGGAUUUUGCGUGGCCCUACCAGGA